GAUUUGAGGAAUCAGGGAACCGAAUCUUUUCUGUGACCGACUCCUAGCCCUGGCUGAGGAUGUGCACGAGCGCAGCAGGACGAGCGAAUGGAACUGUGAUGCGUUAAAAAACAAACAAAACUGAAGACCGUCGAUUUUCAUCCUCAUAAUCUUCUUCUUCAUCAUCGUCAUCAUCGUCAUCAUUAUCACUGAUUUUAAAAUAACAGCAUUUUUUAAGAAGAAAGAGGAAAAUAAAGGUAUAUAAAGCUGAUAUCCGCGAUCGAGACGCACGAUAUAGCGGAUUAAAUCUGUGACGUCACCGGGGACGACACACGUCCGAUCCCGUCUGCGCAUUAACACAUAGGCGCUAUUACAGCAUGGCGUGGCCGUGUAUCACCCGCGCGUGCUGCAUGGCCCGGUUCUGGUCUCAGAUGGACAAGGCCGACAUCGCGGUUCCGUUGGUUUUUACGAGCUACUCGGACGCGUGUGACGGGGUCCGGUCGCACCCGCAUCCCGGAGAAAGCGCGGUCGCCAUAGAAACGCAGCCUGGCGGCGAUGGGAGCGCGCAGGAGGUCGUCUCUAAAGGCCCGGGCGCGCCCAGGACCACCGGGUCCAGCGUCAUGCGCCAGGACUACAAAGCAUGGAAAGUGCAACGCGAACCGAGCUGCAAGCCCAAGCGCGAGUACCACGAACCGGAAGUGCCCUUUAACACCGAGACGCAGUACCAAAAGGACUAUAAGCCGUGGCCGCUCCCACGCAGGGAUCACCCGUGGAUCCCCAAAGCCAGCCGCGCGGAGCAGGACGGUGGCGUGGAGAAGGGCCAGAUCGCUGACAGGGUGCAGGAGAAGGAGAUCCUGAAGCGGAGGCAACCCAAGAAGAUGGAACACCAGACCGACAAGAAGAUGGAACACCAGACCGACAAGAAGAUGGAACACCAGACCGACAAGAAGAUGGAACACCAGACCACCGACAAGGGGUCUGAGGUCCAGCACGAGACGCAGAAGCUGGGAGGACGAGCGGCCGCAGACGCACUUAAUAGGCAGAUCAAAGACGAGGUCGGCGCCGGAAGCUCCUACAGCACGGAGUUUAAAGCGUACACAGACAUGAAACCGGUGAAACUCGUCCGCGCCAAAUUUCAGUACCAGCCCCCAGACGAUAAGACCAACCUGGAGACGAGCUACAGCUCCUCCUACAGGGGAGAGCAGGGCAAGCGUCAGCAGGGUGAUAACACGGCGCAGGAGAGGAGGAGAGUGCGCACGCUCUACAGUGAUCCCCAAAUGGAACCCAAUAAAAUGGACAGAUCGAGUGUCCCGCGCUCUAAGCCGAAAAAGACGCCAUCCUCUUCAUCCUCUCACGGUAAAGCAGCGAAGAAGCCGAAGGAGAAGCAGGCAGCGGCCGGGUCGGCACGCGGCUCCAAGAAGAAGAGCUCUGAGAACCAGCGGCCGAGCCACAAGGAGAAAAGUAAAGAGAUGAACAACAAACUGGCUGAGGCGAAAGAGCUGGUGCUGAAACAGCAGCACUACGUUCAGCUCUGUCAGCCAAUCAGAGAUAUCGGUUGGGUGCAGACGCUAAAGCAACACCUGUGGCGCUGCGCUCUACCUGACCCAAGUGAAUCAGACUCUGUGUUUGGUCGAGUCAGUGAUUUUUAUUCCUCUGGGACAUCUGGAGAAGAGCCGGAGCCACAGGAACCUCGCAGCAAAGCUGUAGUGCGCUUCGCCCCUGAUGUUAAAUACUGAGAGAAAAACAGACAGAUGUGUAAUGUUCAAUAAUAUUUAUUUUUAAAAGCCACAAACACACACACACAUACACACAAACACUCACACACACACACACAUACACACACACACACACACACUCACACUCACACACACACAUACAC